CGUCGUUUUAAUCAGUGAAUAAAAUGCACUUGGCUAGUAUCAAAUCCGUAUCCCUCUAGAGUAAAUAAUACAUCAUUAACCACUUGUGCUGGUAUAAUAACUUUGUUUAUGUAUGCAAAGGAAAACAAUAUUACCUUUUACAUUAGUGAUUAUCUUCCUCUCUAUUUUUUCAUCAACACCAACAUGUCCAACCCAAAAAAAUAUCAUACUAACUCACUGUGUUUUCUGAAAUAAUCAAGAUUUGUUUGGGUAAGAUCUCGAUUGAAAUACAUAAUUUGGUUUUAGGGUUCUUAAAUGUUGCUACGUACGAUUACAUUUCGUGGCAACCUUGUUAUUUCGUCUGUAUAACAUUAUUUUAUUAUAAAUAUCAUUUGCCACGGCUAAAUCAUAGUAAAUUGUAGCUAGUUGCUAACACGAAUUGCUAUGAUUUUUUUUGAAGCAAGCUAACCACGAUUUUUUCAAAGAAAUUUUGUGGCUAUUUUUUCCACGUUUACUUUCAUAGCAAAUUUGUGGGAAAAACUGCUAUGAAAUGGAUACGUUUUGCCAUGUUUUACUUUUCACGGCAAGUUCAUGGCUUCUUUGAUUUAGCCAUAAAAUUUGUGUGGCAAUUUUGUGGGCAUGGCCCUAUUUUUUACUAGUGGUUUCACCGUACCUAAAAUAUGUAAGAAAGAAUUAAAAAAAUUUAACCUAGGUUCGAUUAUAUAUAUUUUUGUAUAUGUGUGACUAGUUUUAUAUGGACGUUAUACAUAGCCCUAAGCAAUGUCUAUAUAUAGGAAACAAAAUUAUGAUUCAAAUAUGUUGAAUAAUCCAUGCAACACAAAGAUUUAUCCAUUCUCAAUAGAUUAAAAAUAAUUAAACUGUUAUAUAAAGAAAACUGAAAACUAGGAUACAACCAGCGUAAAAACGCUGAUAAUAUUUCUUAUAUGUUUAUCUAAAUAAAAUUUAAUAGGAGAAAGAGACUAAAAAUUUUAAUAUGUAAAUGGAAUUUGUGUAUUGUUUAUUUGAAUAUUUUAAAAUAAAUAAAUAAUAUAGUAGAUGGUUUUUUGCAUGAAAUUUUUGUAAAUUGAUAUAUCUUAAAAUAUUGAGUUCUAGGUUUCUUACCGUUCGUUUUAAUGUUUCUAGGUCAUUAAUCUUCUCUUUAUACGUAACCAUAAAUUAUAUUCAAUUUUUUCUUUACGAACCAUUUAUCAAACUACUUGUAAAUUACUUUUCAGAUUUAAUAUAAAAAUUUAUUGUUACAGUUAGUUAUAUAUAAUGCUCUAAGAUAUUCGAAUAUUUCAACGUAAAUUCUAUAAAUUGCGAGAUUUUCUCAAUAUUCUUCUAUGAUAAACAAUAAUUUGGUCUUGGAUAUAUAUAUGUGUGUGUGUAUAUAUUUUUAAGAAACUGUUAUUUAUUUCUAUUAAUACUUACAAAGUGGUUGUUUAUUGAAUCAUUACUUAGAUUUGUUAUAAAAAAUAUGUUGUUAUCAAAAUAAGACUUGUUCGAUAUUCAUUAACUAUAUUGUAAAUAAUAUUAAAAAUUAUAAAUAAGAUAUAUUUUAUAUAUUUGUAUAAUCAAUUGUGAUUGGUAGGCAAUUUUCGUAAAAUAUAUUAUAUCAUCCAUUUCUUGUUAUCUUAAUUGAUUUGCAUAUUUUGAUAUGAUCAGAUAUAAUAUACAAACAACAAAUUUUAUUCUUGUAAAAUGAAAUAUAUAGUUAAAAUAGUUAAAAUGGAUGACGAAGUAUAUAUAGUUAUUUAUUUGAUCAGGUAAAAAUAGUGAAUCAAAUAAUGUGGUACUUUAACAAAAGAAAAUGACUUGUAUGUAAUAAUGUGAUCUAAUUAACUUCUAAAAGAAUGGCCCAGGUGACCAUUUGGUUACAAUCUACAAAAUAAAUGAUUUAAGUGUUUUGCUAGUAUUCCAUUAUUAAUUAGAUUACAUGUUUGAAAUACAAUGAUUCAGCAUUUUAAAGAUAUAUCCUAUAAUAGAUCGGUUUAUUUCAAAUUUAAAUGACAACUUUUUAUCGGUAGAUAAAAUUAAAACUUUAAAUUAAUAAGAUAGAUUAUGACUUAUGAAAAUGAAUAGAUUUCUUUUUUUGAAAUAAACGCAAUAGUAAAAAUCUGGGUGAAAAUAGUUUGAACGAUAGACAGUGGUGGAGUUAGCCUUUGAUCUUACAGAGGUCAUAAACUAAUUUAUUAUAGAUAAAAUGCAUAUAUGAGUAUUGAAAACAAGACAUAGACAUCGAAAAUUUAAGCUUUAACCAACGCACCACAAUAAUAACCUUGAGAUAUAAGCUUUAAAUUUAACUUUUAUAGAUUUUAUAGGGGUCAGGUGACCCCCCUCCCUCUAAGGUGGCUCCGCCACUGCGAUAGAGACAUGAGUGGUAAAAUAAAAUCCCAUAGUUUCUAUUCAAGUUUAGCACAAAAUACGUUAGGUUUUUCCAUUAAAAUUAUUUCUAACCUAAACCUAAUUUUGAUAUUGCUCCAACAGCCCCAUGCACUUUCCGUGCUAGGUCUAAGUUCUAACAUCUAACUCGGAAUCAAUUUAUUUUUCUUUGGUAGUAUAGGCUGAUGAAUCUAUCACAAAUCGAAUAAAGGCUAAAGCAAUAGUCACUUGGUAAAAAGGAAAGAAACAAACUAACUAAAUCACUAUAUUUAGUUUUUGUUUUUUUGGAAUAUGGUUAUGCAUGACGUUGAAUGGCAUAAGCUGGAAGAUAUGUAUAUGCUUAUUUAAAGAAAGCUGAGAUUUUCGAAUCAAAGCCCAAAUUUCGUGAAUCUUUUGCCCACCACCUUUGCAUAAAAACACAUUUUCGUGUGAGAUGAAAACAAAAGAAGCUAAAAUAAAGAGAACAUGUGAACGCUAUCUUGAUAACAUCCUUAGUUGAAAAUCAAUUAGAGAGGACCACAGAAUCACUAAAUGAUAUAAACCGCUUUAUAUGACGUUUGCUUAUUUAAUCACCGCUUCAAUAAAUUUAUAUUUUGGAUAUGGUAAACCAGUAGGUCCAAAACUUAAACCCAAUGUUAUUAUUCAACUUGAUUUACAAACUUAUAGAAAAAGAAUUGAAUAAAAACUUCUAAUCAACUCUUUUUUUUUUGUGCAACACUUCUAAUCAACUUGAUUUACAAAAUCAAACCCAAAGUUUUAAACAAACACUUUUUCUUUUUCCAUUUUCAGUAUCCAGUUGAAAAUAUCUUUUGGAGCUUAAUGUUGACAAGUGACUCCGAACAAAAUUUAUAGGAAUUUUUGGCAAACCUCUUUGUUCGAAUUGCAAGAUUUUGAAAGCGACGGAUUCAUUGUAAGUGCAAGAUGCAAACACAAUAAGUUAAUGCAUAAAGUAAAGCAAGAGACAAACAAUUACAAGCAACUCUUAAGUUUUAUUAGAAAUCGUCUUGUACACUCUAUUACAAGUUCUGCUUAAUCAGCUUUACACAGUCUGUUAUACCCUAACAACUGCUACUGAAAGAUUCCUAAGUUACCUGCUUGUAUCUCUCUUCCGUCGAGUACUUCAGCCACUGCUUCAGCACGACCCCGAACACUUCCAAGAGCUUCUCUCUCUUUCUAUAAGAUCAGUCUUUGUGUCUAUGUCUCUAUACAGACGACUCCAUAGCUAUCUUAUAGUUAUUCUCCAUGUUCCCGAAACCUUAGUCUCCAAGGCAACAUAUAUGGACAUCUUCCAUAACAAUAAGUGUAACUUUCAUUUUCUUGAAAUGCCUUUAUUCCUCUGUCUUUAAGUCAUAAACCUGCUUCUCAAGUUUAUUCUUCUUCUCAUAUCUUCAAGAUACUCUCUUUCUCUCCAAGUCUACACGACUCCAGCUCAGCACCUUGACUCCACAUGGUCUUCACCACUCAACACGACGUCUGCUUCAGUAACUACGCCAGCGACUACUUCAGAGCAGACAUCUUACAUCUUUAUUCAUCUCCGCAAACAAACUACUUACUUACAUGUUAAAUCAGAAUAAAAAUAAAUGAGAAAUAAAAUUUUAAAUUGGAUAACAUCUCGUAUUUGAAUUUAAAUUAAGACACUUUUAUUAAUAUGAUUUUAAACUUAAGACCGUUAUGUUAAUUGAGAAACACUUUUUUAAGUUGUAACAUGACUAUGAUUUUGAGGUAUCAACAACCCAUCUUUUAUCAUAUCUCAUAUUAAAAAUCAUUCACUAAUUAGCUCUACAAAAAAAUCUUCAUCAUUCUCAUCUAAUAUAAUUUAUAUAAUAAAUAUGUAAACUAAUGAUAUUGAACAAUAAAGAUUUGAUAAUAAUUUAUAUUUUUUAAAUUUUGUAUUAUUAAAGUAAAUUAAACAAUCGUAUUAACAAUAUAAUAAAAUUUAAUUUUUUCGCAUAUGUUAUAUUAUGAUUUCUUUUUAAACAGUCAUAAAUUACUAAAAUUGUUUAAAGUUUCAUAUUAAAAAAAAUUCUGAUCAAUAGUUUAGAAUUUUUGUUGUAAAAAGGAUAAAAUUAUGAAAACAUAUGAGUAGAAAUAUUCAUUUAAUAGACAUUAGACAUUUAGAUUAAAAUACAGUAUAUAUACUACACAAAAGGUUCAUAAUAUUUUAAUUUCAAAUUUUAAAAAAUAUGUAUCAUACUUUAAUUGAUAAAAUUUAAAUACAUUUACAUUUUUAAUUUGAUCAAAACAUUAAAACAUAUUAUGUAAAAAAAAUAAAAAUAAUUAUUUAAUAGAAAAACACAGAUUAUUACACAGUAAAGGAGUAGAAUCACUUUUUUCUUUAAUAUAUUUGGGUGCACUUACAUGAGUCAGCAUCCGGAAAAGCUCAGGCUCGAAUGAAUAAGUCUUGGGCAAACAACCUAUAUGCUUACAUCAGAUUUUUAUUUAUGUAAUUAACCAUACAAAUUGCCCUGUUCGAAAACGCGGCCGCCUAGCCGCUGUUCGGGGUUGACCGCGGUGAUUAUGUCCAAAUCAGUGUAGCCAGGCGUUGAUCCACGUAAGACCGCAUAAUUUCCGCGUUGACCGUCUAAUCUUGCGUUGACCGGCUAAGUUUUUUUUUCAUCCGUGUAAGUUAAAACAUAGUUGACUAUUAUUUACUCAUUAUUGACAGAUUUUCUGUAAUUAUUCAUUACUAAAUAAGUCUAAUUAGUUAUCAAACCCAAAACAAACACAUACAUACUAUAUUUAGGGAUUUGUUUCGUACCAAACCCACUAUUUACGAAUCAAAAAUAAACUGUUUAAAAUUAUAUAUAAAAAAUUAUAUAAUUAUGUCUAAGAACUUGUAUUAUCAUGUUUAAAAUUAGCUAAAUUUAUUAAAUUAUAUUUACAACUAUGCCCCAUGUAAUCUCCGAGUAUUUCCCAAUUUUUUGGUAACUCGCUAGUCCGGGAUUACCGCCCGACUAGCGCUUAGCGUAGUUCCGAACAAGGACAAAUUGUAAUCACCACAGAGUUACUAGUUCUUAGUGACAUCUUUUCAAUUAGUAAUUAAUCCAAUGGAUGAUGACAUGGUUAGUUGAUAACUAAAUCUUCAUAUGGAAACAUAUUUAUAGGCUUUAGAGGAGAUAUAAUAUUUCUUUUAUUCAAUUUUAUUUUCUCUUUUUUUUUUUUUAGAAUAUGUCACACACAAAAAUUUAUAUCUACCAUAAAAAAAUAAUCACUAAAUUUUAAAUCCAAAUAUUUGGAUAUUUUUGACUCAAUAUAUAUUUUUUAAAAUGGUAUCCCACUUAUGUUAUUUCAAGCAAUUUCUCAUAUUUAUGAUUUGAACAAUGCAACUCAUAAACUCAUAAAAGUUAUGCAGCAGUGUCGUAAUAUUUGGAACGUAUAAGAAAAUAAUAUUUCGUUCUAUAAUUUUAUUUUUAAAUAAAAGUAUUAAUAUUAUCUAAUAUUAUAUUAAUCAAAUGAUUUAUAUAUUUUAUUUUUUAUAAUUUUGUUGUUAUAGAAAUAUCAUUUUUACAAAUACUUUUAAUUCUUGAUACCAUUGAACAAUAAGUUAUGCAUGAAAAACAAAGGAUGUAUACUAAUCAAACAUUUAAAUUUCACGUUAUUUGAAUCUAAAAUUUCAAAAUAGAUAAAAUUAUUACAAUAUUAUUAUUAAACUAUUUAAAAAAUAAUAUAUAUAUAUAUAUAUAUAUAUUAUAAAAUUAUUAUAUUAAAACAUAAUACAUAUUUAAAACAGUAUUCCAACUUUUAUUUUUAAAAAUAUUUUAAUUUUCAACAUAUUUUAUUUGUAAUAGAUAAAUAAUUUCGAUAAAAAUAUAUGUGAACAAUAUAAUAUGAUCUUAAUCUUUAAAUCUAACUAUCAAAAUCUGAAGACUUAUAUAUCCUUGUUCAGAUCAUAUUCUAUAAUUUUGGAUUAGACGGAAUAUGAUUUUUGAUUGAAUCAUCCUACAUAUUUCAUUUAUCUAUAAAUUGUUUUGUACUGAUUAUCUAUAAUUUUUCAUAACAUGCAUAUAGUGCAUAGUUUAUUGGACAGGUAAUAUCUCUCAUCAAGAUUUUUAAGUAAUCAUAUAUUGAUAAACAGUCCAAAGUGAAAUGUGUAAAAGGUUUAUGUAGUGGUAGGUAAAGAAAGGAAUAUGUAAACCAGGAUUUUAUAAAAAUAGGAAUAAAGAGUCGUUCACUUUGUAGUCCUUUUAUUCUCGGCUCAUUUAUACCUUAGUUCGUAUCUUCCAUAAGAUUUGGAUCUCCAAAUCUUAUUUAUUUUUUAAAGAUCAUUUAAAAAAAAUCCUUAACCAGCCAAAAACUAAACACGUUUUAAACACACACUUAAAUAUCUAAGCAAAAACACUUAAAUUUUGCAUUCAUAUUCCCUUCCUAGAAAUAAAUAUUAAAAAAAUUAGAAAAAAUUAUUUAACUACAAAAUUAUAAAAUAAAGCAGUUUUUCUCAGAAAUUUAAUUUUAAGAUUUUCUGUAAUACCCUAAGUUGGAUACCAAUCUUUCAAAAAAACACCCAAUCAAAAAAUACAUUAACAUUUGGGUUAGGGUUGAUUUAGUGAUUGUUGUUUAGGCUUUAUUAUUUAGGGGGCGGGGUUGAGUUUAAAAUUUUCUAUAAAUAAUUCUUAAAUAUUUAUUAAUGAUUUAAGAGGGUCAAAUUUGUUCUUUUUGAUAAUAAACUUAAAGUAUUUAUGAAAAUAACUAUCAUUUAAAGGUAAAUUUUAAAGGUGGUGUCAGUUAAAAUUCCCCCUUGUAAUUUUAUAUGCUGUAGUUAUAAGAAUAAAAUGAUAAAGUAGAAAAAUAAAAUGUUAAAAAGUAAAUUUAUACUAAAUAAAGUUCUUACAUCCAUUAGUAAAACAUCAUUUAAUUUUACGAAUCAAAAUAUUUAAGAUAAUAUAUAAAGUGCCAACAAAUAUAAAUCAAUGUAUAUCAUUUUAUUUUUGAAAAUAUAUUAUCUUACUUUCGAAAGGUUUACAAUUUGAUGUACAUAUCGCCUAUGAAAUUUAUCGUCUACAUAAUUAUUAAAACCCAACACAAUUAUAUAAUAUGUUUACUUGAAAUCAUUUUUCUAAAACAGUUUAGGAUAUUUUAAUUUUAUAUUUCAGAUCUAAUAUUAUUAAAUCAUGUAUAUAUAUUAUAUGUUGCUUUAUGAUAACAUAUGUUUAUCAUUAAUUUUAUUUAUUAAUUAAAAAUAAUUGAUUUGGACCUGAUAACAUAUUUUUAUCAUUAAUUUUAUUUCUUAAUUAAAAAUAAUUGAUUUGGACCAAGUCCAAUACAAAGAUAAAUUUUCAUAAUAUUAAAAUUAGUUAGAGUUAAUCUGACGAAAUUGAAGUCGAUAAACUGACUUUGAUAGCAGGGUAACAAUGUGUAUACCUAUUGUUCAUUUUGGAAACUGAUUCAGUUCUUUAACUUUAACCUUAUGAAUAAGAGAGGAACAACUCUAAAAAGUUAUCCAAUAUCGAUAAACAGAGAGACAUUUUUUUGUCCAUCUGAAAGAUUUCCAUUAAAUAUGACAACCUAAAACACUUUUUAAACCAAUACAAUUCCAACCCAUGUGUAACUAAAACUAAGAGGAACGCUCAUGCUCAACAGAGAGACAUGGACCCGUGUCUGCCAUAACUGAAUAUAUUUAAAAGAGUUAGCAACAACACAAAAAUCUGUAACUCUUGAACUUUUGUUGUUUUAAAUCUAUAUUUACGUGAUCAAUUCUUUUAUAUUUUUAGUAUAUUUGGUCUUCCACGGUUUUUAUUGAACGAUUUUUUUUUCACAGACAGUUUGAAUGUAGAUUCAACCUAAAAUCUAAAUACAAUAAAAAUAUUUAUAUAUUUGAUUCGAAAAAGCUAUAAAUUCAACCUAAAAUGUGAUUUUUUACUUGUUAUUUAAGUAUAAAAAGUAUUUUUGAAAAUUUUCUCUUUUUAAAAGCAAUUUAACAUUUUUGGAUUUGUGGAUUUUAGAUCCGAGGACAAUAUCAGACUUUUCUAGAAGACUUCAUUAGGAGAUUAAGUCUUCUGGAGAACUCUACUAUACAAAUUACCAAAAUUCGUAAGAUUUUAUUUUUCAUCAACUAUUUUUAUGUGUUUUGUGUGCUAAAUCUAAUAAAGUUAUAGAUUCAACUUAAUCUGAUAUUUUUUUUAUUAUUUUAACUUAAAAACAAUAUUUUGCAUGGUUUGUCUUUCUUUCUAAAAAGUAAAAUAUAGAUCAUUAAAUUUUUGAUAAAUUCAUUUCUUGUGUGUAUUAAAACCAAAAAAAAAAUAUAAAUUGAAAAUCACUGUGACUAUAUAUUUUUGUUAUUAUUUUAUUCAUAAAUAUAGUUUCAAUAUAAAUUAUAUUUCGUGUUAGAUUUAAUUAAAAAACAAUACUAAAUUUAUUGUAAUUAUUUUCUUCUAAUUUAAGCUUCAAAUUUUCAUUUUUUGCAAAAACAUUUCUGGUUGAAAUCAUUUUAAACAUUUUUAGAUAUGUAGGAUUUUUAAGAUCUGAAGACAUCAGACUUCACAGCAGACUUGGAGACUUACGACAAGCUUCCCAAGCAGACUUCGUGGCAGACUUCACGUUAAUUAAACAGAAAAUUAAAAGUUAAGCGAAAAACUUAAAUUUUAAAUGAAAUUUAAUCGUGAAGUAGAAGGCUUCUAACAAAUUGUCGGUCAAAUUUCACUGGAAACUUUAGUUCUCUAUUAGGGUUAGGAGACUCUUGUUUUGAAUGUUUAUAUAGUAAAUAAUAUAUUCACUUUGUCUCCAAUCUAUUAAAAAAUAUUUGUCUAGUGCUUUAUUCAUUCAUUCAAGUUUUUGUAAUCAUAACCUAUUGUUUUCAUUGUAAAUAUUUUGUUAAGAUUAUGUUUGUGAAACUUAAAGGGAAGACAUAUAAUAAUAUAACACUAAGUUCAUAACACAAAAAUAUAUAUAAUUACAAAGUAUAACAAACAUAAAAUAAGUUCAUAACACUAUAUAUUGAUAUAAGACUUUGGUUAUUAGUGGGCUAACUUCACCAACUCUGUGUUCAUGUUAUAAUUUCUCGAGCCAUUUCAACAAAUUCAACAUUUGCUGAACCAUCACUCAAAAAGAACAUUCUCGCUCAUUUGACAUUGCAACCACAUAAUUUCAGAGAAGACUUCAUUCUCUCAUUAGCUAGAAACAUUAAUAAACAUGAAUGUUUGUAACAUUAUAAUUAUCACCAAUUAAGUUAUGAAUUUAAUUCAGAAUCCCCAAUAUUGACUAAUACACAUAAAUUAUCAAACAAAUCUUUAAAAAGUCAUUUUAGAUUUGGAGUAAAUGAAAAUUUAAUAAACAUUGACGUACAAAACUUCUAAAGAAGUCUCAUCUGAGAAGAUUUCUAUAGAAGUCAAAUUUCUACAGAUGUCUUCGAUUUAGGUUAUUUCCAAUUAAAAUUUACGAAGAAAGUUAACAAGUUUUCACUAGAAUAGUCUUCCUUUGUAAAUUUUAGCUUCCUUUUGUAUCUGAAUAAUUCUUGAUUAUACUAGAAAAAAACUUCUAGAAAGAUCUUCUCUGAUAAGUAGGUUAUUUUUGCAAUUAACUACAGUUUUUAAAAUAUUUGUCUUUUCCAAAAAAGAUAUCUGGAGAAAUAUUUUCGGAGUAGACUUCUAUAAAAAUCUUCUUACCAUCACAUAAGUUUUCGAAGUGUUGCAAGAAGUCUGUGAGAUUAGUUUUUCAAUUGACUAUGUUUGACUUUUAAGAGCACACUUCAAGAGAAGAUUUCUAUCGAAGUUUGCUUUCAAAAUCAUAGAAGUUUGCUUUCAAAACCAAAUUUUUGACCAGAGUCUUAGAAUAAAAUUAAAGAAGACUUCUUGAAAAGUCUUUCCCACAUCAAAAAAAAUUUCUAGUUAAUAUUAAAUGUUUAAUUUUUAGUGUUAAUUGCAAACCUACCCUUUGCAGACUUCUUGCCAGACUUUGGAGAUCUCACAUGAUUGUAACUUAUAAGAAGACUUAUGGUAGAAAACUUCUUUAAAAGUCAUCUUUGGAAAAGUCAAAUUUCUGCAAACUUCAGUCAAUUGCAAAACUAAUCACUUAUCAGAACCAGAUUUGUUUUUUACAACAAAAAGUUAGAAGAAUUCUAAUGGAGUAUUCUAUGAAAAACACACAAACAUAGUCAAUUGCAAAACUAAUAUAUGCAUUGACCAGAUGACUUCUGACUUCUAGAGAAGUCUUUUUCGUGAAACAAAUCUGAAGAAAAUUUAAAUAUCAUUCUUAGAUUCGGUAAGAUUCACGUUUAGCUUCCCCAGGCACACAUAACUUCUUAGUGAAAGUUAUUCGCACAUUCUUGACCAAGAAAGAUGAACUUGAUUAGUUCCAAUAAGCUUAUAAAUUCAAAAAUAAAAAAAAAAAUAAAAAUUUUGGAAUGAAAUAAGAGAAAAGUGAAUGAGAAAGGGUUUGUAUGUGUAAGUUAUAAAUGUCAAUUUUAAGUGCAUUUAUUGCUUGAAAUUGGUUGUUCAUGGUGGAUGGUGUAUUGAUGAUAAUGACAAAGUUGUAAAUAAAAGAGGAAGAUAAGGAUGAUAAAGUAAAACAAUCAUUUAAAAAAAAAUUAUGGUAUUUUCGUGAAUAAUUUAAAUUUUUGGAGUGAAUAUGGCAAAUGAAAAUUUCAAACAAAAAAUAACAGCCAUACACAGUGAUAUCGCUUCUCCUUGAAAAGCUGAUUCAGUAGGCAAGAUUGCAGAGCUACCUUGGGUGACUAGAGUGCCUUCUUUUCUGAAUAAGGACCACCCUAUACCUGCAGGGGUUGCCGGUGUUAUCCAAGAUGCAUCUGUCAAGCAAUAGUAUUCUGCUUCUUCUGGAAUAACUUCUUGGAGUGAGCUAGGUUGCUUAUUUGUAAUAGUGUCCAUAUCCUCUGUUGAACUAUUCGCCUCCUGCCAUAAUUGAAAAUUUGAGAUGGAGGAAUGAACAACAUGAACAAUAUGUGUUCUCUUUUAUUCUCAUAAAGCAACCUAUUUCUCAUUUUCCAGAUUCUCCAUCCAACGAAGAAGCUAAGAAGUUCCUUUCUAUCCCUUUUAGAUGCUUUGAUCAUGGCUUUCAUACGGUCUAGCAAAGUAGAGGUUUGCUGCUGUGAUAGAGAGCAGUUUGUGGGAGCUAAGGGCCAUAUUUCUCUGGAUACUCUACAGUCAAACAUGAGAUGAUAUAAAUUCUCUGGUUUUUCACCACAUAAGAGACAUUGCGUAUCAAUUUAAAUCCCUCUUUUAACAAUAUUCUCUGCUACAGCUUCCGUUAUGUGCAAUUCUCCACCAGAAAGUUUUGAUCUUAGGAGGCAAAUUUAAAUUCCAGAGAGAAAAAAUUCGGUUAAUACUUAAUACACACCAAUUUCCCCCAUUCUUCAAAAACCAUGUGUAGAACCAAAUAAAUACACACACAAGAAGUCCAGUUCAUAUUCAUAUCGUGGUAUCAUGGGCCAUAGGUUAGGCUGCAAGCUCGAUAUACAUGCUCUCAAAUAAUGACAUAUUAAUGGGCCUCCAUUCAAAUAUGUGCUCAUUUUUUCCUUCUCACACCAUGUAUAUAUUUCGAACCGUGUGUCUUAUAUAAGAUUCAAAACUUUUAAAUAAAUUGCCCAAAAAGACACAAAAAAAAGCCAUGAGAAAGUAGGUGUGCAUCAUGACCGAAAAGGUCAAACGGCAUGUUUCAUAUCUAAAAACUCCAAAUUACGACAAAAGAAAUUAAAGGAAAUCUUGUCAAUAUAAAAAAUAUUGUGAUUAUUGUAGUAAUAGAUGUGUAUGUGGCAUCCAAUAACAGAGUGGAGAAAUCCACGGUUCAAAGCAACCAUAAGAUUAGCUCAAAGAACACUUUUGAUUUCUUUUUCUCAACAAUUAUAAAAUUAGCUCACUUGUUCCUUUCCCUUCAAUCUCUCAUCUGUUAGUUCUCACUUCAAAAUCUAUCUUUCAUUCAUGCAUCAUCAUCAACAUCAUCGCCGUCAUCCUUCGAUUUCACUAACGUUUCUUUUGGGUAUCUAGGUGAAAAGUCUCUUUUUCUGCAAAUUCACACUUUCUGCAUGAGUUUUUCAACCUAGAAAUAAAGUGUUUCAUUGAAACUUUUUUUUGACCGACAUAACAAUGACUUGUAAACAAAAGUUACCCCACUAUAUGUCUUCUCUUAAGAAAAUUCUGAUCAGUUCCCUUUUGUUUUUACAGAACUUGAUCUCACCACAUCAUGCUUGUUUCACCCUUAUCAUCUCUUUGCUCAAACCAAUAUUCAUCUUAUUCUCCAGUGCUUCAAGAGGUUCACCUGUUGGAACCGACAUAUCAAAGUUUCGGUUCUUGUCAGAACUUGAAGGAUCAGACGAAGCGAAGAUGAUCGAAGAAGAAGAAGAAGGGAUCAGUGAACUGUCGAAAUUGGUUUUCAAAUUCGAGUUUCAGACGGAAACUUUCGAGAAGUUAAGCAGAGGAGGUUACAGAUCGUUAAGUGGUUCCGGUGAGAGCGAGAGCAGUUCCUUGUCCUGUUCUCCGGCGGAGAAGAAGUAUGAGUCUCCGUCUCUGACAAAGAAUCUCACUUUCGUCGUCGAAAACCCAAAGUCGGCGACUUUUAGGGUUCAAGAUUGUUUAAAGACCCCGGAAAAAACAGAGGACUACGGUGAGAGCAAUAUUUUGUCUACUUCUCCGGCGGUUUCCACGGCGGCGAAGAAAUACGAGUCUCCGUCUCUGGUGAAGAAUCUCAGUUUCGUUGUGGAAAACCCAAAGUCGGCGACUUUUAGGAUUGAAGAGUGUUUGAAGAACCGAGAAAAAACAGAGGAUUUCUCCGGCGGUUCCGGUGAGAGUUUGAGCAGGGUUUUAGGCUCUUCUUCUACUUCUCCGGUCAUUCCAACGGCGGAUAGUAAGUACGGAUCACCAUCUCCGGCGAAGAAUCUCAUUUACGUUCUCGAAAACCCAAAGGCGGCGACAUUCACGGUUGAAAAAACAGAGGAUCACUCUGUUUCUUCCACCGUUGGCAAGAAAGAGAACUCCGAGAUACUCCGAUUCUUAACCGAGGAAGAUUUUAUGGAAUCGGAUUCUGAUUUCGUUGACUCGAGUCAAACAUUCACAAGCAACGAAGAUGGGUUUUUGUCAGAUUCCGACUUCGGCGAAACAUCACCACCCGAGGAGAAAGGGCAAAAUCGUAAAACCGCCAAUUCUUCAGGUUCUAGUUCUGACUCGGAGGAAGAAGAGGACGAAGAAGGGUUCGAGAGUUUAUGGGAGCAUCAAAAUUUGAUAGAGCAACUCAAGAUGGAGAUGAAGAAAGUCAAAGCGAUUGGUGGGCUUCAGACAAUUCUUGAAGAGGAAGAAGAAGAUGAUUGUCCUAAGAUCAUGGAGGAGUUAAAGCCAUGGAGGAUCGAAGACGAGAAGAGGUCUAAACAUGUUGAUACCAUUGGAGAAGUUCAUAAGUUCCAUCGAAGCUACAGAGAAAGAAUGAGAAAACUCGAUAUCUUGAGUUUUCAAAAGUCCUUUGCCCUUGGGCUUCUUCAAUCAACGAACCCCUCGACCGUUGGAUCUUCUCCCUCCCAGGCGUCGUUUUCAUCAGUUUUCAAUCUCCGGUUAUGGAAACUGAAGAAACCGGAAACCGAACCAUUGGUUCAAUUCAGAAAAGAGACUCAUGGAGAAUUAGAGAACGUAUACGUUGGUCACAUGUGUUUGUCGUGGGAAAUUCUUCACUGGCAAUACGAGAAGGCCAUUAAAUUGCUGGAAUCCGACGUGUACGGUUCUCGUCGGUACAACGAAGUCGCCGGAGAGUUUCAACAGUUUCAGGUUUUGCUUCAGAGGUUUCUUGAAAACGAGCCGUUUGAAGAGCCUAGAGUGCAACACUACAUCAAGAAACGUCGUGUUCUUCGUAACCUACUUCAAGUCCCGGUUAUUCGAGAAGAUGGAAGCAAGGACAAGAGGAAGGAAAAAAGAAGAGAUUACGAGGAAAGUGAUGACGGUGCGAUUAAAAGUGAACAACUUGUGGAGAUUAUGGAGGAAACCAUUCGUUUAUUCUGGCGGUUUGUACGUUUUGAUAAGUUAACUAGCUCCAUUCAUGAUCAUAAAUCUAGAACCAAGUCACAGAUAGAGCCAGAUCAUGAAGAAAACUCAGAAGAUCUAGAGUUGUUCGCAGAUGUUAAAGCAGAGCUUCAAAAUAAGGAGAAAAGGUUGAAAGAUGUGUUGAAGAGCGAGAGAUGUAUCAUAAGAAGAUUCAAAAAGCAUAAGGAAGAGGAUUCAACAGAAGAACAAGUGCUUCAUUUCUUCUCACAAGUGGACAUGAAACUUGUGACAAGGGUGUUGAACAUGUCCAAGCUGACCAAGGAUCACUUGGUUUGGUGUCAUAAUAAGUUGACCAAGAUUAGCUUUGUAAAUAGAAGGUUACAUUUGGAUCCUUCCUUUUGUCUCUUCCCUUGUUGAGAUUUUUGUAUUGACUUGUAGAUUUUAUUAUGCAAUGAUGCCUAACUAGAUCCGUCUUGAAGCAGAGUAUUUGUAUAUGAACUUAAAAAGCAAAUGAAUAAAGAGGACGUUUACAACUCC